ACAUCAUUGUCUCUCUCUCUCUCUGAAAGUCUUGCCUUGCUCGCUCUCUCUCCCUCUCUCCUCUAGCUGUCCGGAGAAUCAUCGAUCGUUGAUCGUCGAUAAUCGUUCGGUGUUCGUCUCUAGUUGUUGAUCCAUCAUCAUGAAGCAGCUUAUGAGGCGGUUGACGCGGGUGGCGGACUCCACCACGCAGUACAGGAUGCUGCGGUCGGAGCGGUCGGAGCGCCGGCUGCGGCGGUCGGAGCGGGUGGCGGCGGUGCCGCAGGGACACCUGCCGGUGUACGUGGGGGAGGAGAUGGAGCGGUUCGUGGUGAGUGCGGAGGUGCUGAACCACCCAAUCGUGGUGAAGCUCCUGAACAAAUCGGCCCAGGAGUACGGGUACGAGCAGAAGGGCGCGCUUCGGAUCCCCUGUCACGUCCUCCUCUUCGAGCGAGUUCUUGAAGCCCUCCGCCUCGGGUCUGACUCCCCCGAACUCCACGAUCUUCUCGAUGAUCAUCAGUUCCACUAGGAUCGACAAUGGAUCUGUUUGGAGUUUCUAUUUUUUUUUUUUUUUUGAAGCAUAAGACCCUGGAUCUCUUUGACUAUAGAAUCAGAUCGGCCGGAUCUCUCUCUAAUUUCGGUCCUCUUUCUGUAUAUGCUUGCUUUGAGGAAAUUUAAGUGCGAAGGUGAGGGAAGAUUGAUUAGGGUUUUUUGAAGGAGCAAGUUUUUUGGAUUGUUCCGUGCUCUUUUGUAAAGAGAUUUAGGAGUAUUAAUUCUUGUCCAUCUCUCUGUCUUGUUUGUUACUGAUUAAACAAAUGAUCGCUCGUCUUUCUCUUUCA